AUGCCUCCUAGACUACCACUCAUUUCGGCCAUCAAGGCACCGAGCGCCUUGAUGGCCCGGGUCGCGCGCCCAUUCUCGUCAACUCCCGCAGUCGCCCAGUCCUCCAGCUCCGAUCCGAUCAAGAACCUCCUGAACCUCGACGAGAAGCCCAAGGUGCACUCUGCCGACCGUAUCCGUGGUCUCAUCAACAAUGGAAGCAAGGCCCGCUUGGAAGGAGCUGCGGCUCGGAAACGCACCAUGCUCGAGUCUCUCCGCGAGAAGAAGGUUAGCGAUGACUAUGUCAAGCAAAUGCCGCGUCGCUGGCGUACCGGUGAGGUAUACGCACCGCACGAUCUCAGCCCUCUUGAGAUGGAGAAAUGGCGCAGGCAAAAGACCGUCACGGUCGAUGUCGUUGACUUGUUGGGGAUCAACCCCUUGGACCACUACAGAAACUUCUCAAUGAUUUCCGAGUAUAUGACAAACUUCGGACAGAUCAGGCACAACAAGGAAACAGGACUGAAGCCGACGAACCAGAGGAAGAUGGCAAAGGCGAUCCGGAGAGCGAUUGGUAUGGGUAUCCACCCUAGUGUGCACCACCACCCCGAGCUGUUGAAGAAGAGAUUCCGCCUCAAUGCGUCGUGGAAGUAA